GCUUUAUCGUGGACGAAUGUCUAGUGUAGAAGCGCUGAGCUGACAAACGCGACCUCAGUGGCGUAACGUGCGGAAAAAAAAAGAGAGAAAGAAGAGCUUGUCCCGCAUCAAACUUGUAUACCAAGUCCGUUCGAAAACACUAAACCAGAUUGCUAAAAGAAAAAUAUAACUGAAGGGAAAGCUAAAGAGAUCAGGCAAACUCACGUCCCUGGCCCAAAGCAACACUUUCGUUUUCCUUUCUCAUCUUGUUUAUCCAGUUCGUCUAGUCCUCUCCUUCGGGUGAACACGCCAAACAACUGAACUUUGUAUGCACUUAGACUUUGUUGUACGGGAAAAAUGGGCAACGCACAUGUCGGUCACGGUGGCAACAGCAAGAAAACGGCCGUCAAAGAUGCAGUAAAAAACGAUGACGAAAUCGUUACUGCAAUCCAAGAGUCAACACCGUUUCCGGCUGCCAAAACGGCAAUGGCUUCCGUUGCCGAGUUGACGGACCUUCAAAAGACGUUGCUUCAAGAGAGCUGGAAACGUCUUGAAAUGGACAUUGCCCAAGUUGGAAUCAUCGUGUUUAUCAAUUUGUUCGAAAGCCAUCCGGACAUGCAGUCAGUCUUCUUGCCGUUCACUGGCCUCGUCCUUGAUGAUUUAAAGAAAAGCAAGCUACUCUCGGAACACGCUCUCAGAGUCAUGGGUGCUGUGCAACGGGCCGUCCACCGUUUGGAGGAACCCGAAAAGUUACACGCCUUCCUGUCCGACUUGGGUCGCAGGCAUGAUAAAAACGGAGCUAAAUUGGAGUACAUUGACUACAUCGGGCCACAGUUCUUGUCUGCCAUUCGACCAAUAUUGGGAGGGGAUUGGACAGCAGAAACGGAAAAAGCGUGGACGUUGUUACUCGGCUACAUGAUCGCCACGAUGAAACAGGCUCUACUGGAAGCGCGUAAUGCUUCCGCUUCAGAGGGUUUGAAACCGAUGGCACUGCCUCCGUCGUCAUCUUCGUCUUCAACAGCAGCCAUGGAUGAUUGAUAUUUUUUUUCUUCUUCUUCUCUUACACAUGUGCUAAAAAAACAACUAGCCAAAAAAGAGGGAAGAGGAUAGAGUCAUUUCGUCUCAUUAAAAGCAUCAAUUUAGGAAAAAAAUUACAAAAGGGCGUACAAAGCGGAUAGGAAGUGGGAGACAUAAUCUGAAGACAAAGAAAUGGAGAGCGCAUGGGCGUAGGAUUCGUUGCUAACGAUGUCGUGCAAUUGACACGUUCAUGUUUGAAAUCCUGAGACUACUCGGGAACAAGUUCAAUGUUUCGUAAUCUUCAAUUCCGUCAUACUCCUUCAUAGCUCAAAAAGACAAAAAAAAAAAAAAAAAAAAGGAAUGGAAAAUUUCACUAUAUUGUGAUAUUAAUAAGGGCUAGCUUAUAGAAUGUUUGAAGCAAAUGUUUUAACCUUUGGUAUUCUGUGUAUGGUGUUAAUGUAUUUACGGUUUCAUUGAUGUAUUUUAUUUUGUUUUCUCUCACCUAUUACGCUUAUUAUUGGAAACAGCAAACGUAUAUUUGUAACGUUUACACCUAUUUUGGCCUGCUCUUAAUUCUGUUGAAACAGAGAAAAAUUAAAUGAAUUAUACGUAA